AUGGGAGCCCAACCUGAGGAAGCUCAGAAGUCCUGCUCGAGGGUCCAGACCCUGUUUAAGAGGGUCAAGGCCUUACUUAUCAAAAUCUAUCCCCCACCCCCACCCCCUUCCCAGAACCUGGGCUGUACCCACGUGUAUGGGUACGUGUUUGGGCACGUGCGUGAAAGCAAACUGGAGCAUCUCCCAUCACAGCAGGUGCUGGACACUGGAGAGCAGCUAAUGGUCCCUGUGGAUGUCCUGGAGGUAGAUAAUGCGGGAACCUUAUGGAAGUUUCUCCUCUCGGGAGCCAUGGCCGGGGCGGUGUCUCGCACAGGUACGGCCCCUCUGGACCGUGCCAAGGUGUACAUGCAGGUCUACUCCUCCAAGACAAAUUUCAUGAAUCUGCUGGGCGGUCUGCGGAGUAUGGUCCAAGACGGGGGCAUCUACUCACUAUGGAGGGGCAAUGGUAUCAAUGUACUCAAGAUCGCCCCGGAGUAUGCCAUCAAGUUCUCUGUCUUUGAACAGUGUAAGAACUACUUCUGCGGAGUGCAUGAGUCCCCACCCUUUCAGGAACGUCUCCUUGCCGGCUCCUUGGCUGUGGCCACUUCCCAGACACUCAUCAACCCCAUGGAGGUGCUGAAGACACGGCUGACCCUGCGCCAGACUGGCCAGUAUAAGGGGCUGCUGGACUGCACCAGGCAGAUCCUGGAGCAGGAGGGUAUCCGCGCCCUUUACCGCGGCUACCUGCCCAACAUGCUCGGUAUCAUCCCCUACGCCUGCACUGACCUGGCCGUCUAUGAGAUGCUCAGGUGCCUCUGGCUGAAGUCAGGCAGGGACAUGGAGGACCCUAGUGACCUGGUCAGUCUGUCGUCUGUGACACUGUCCACGACCUGUGGCCAGAUGGCCAGUUACCCGCUGACUUUGGUGCGCACCAGGAUGCAAGCCCAAGACACUGUGGAGGGUUCGAACCCCACCAUGUGUGGAGUCUUCCGGCGGAUCCUGGCCCAACAGGGCUGGCCGGGGCUGUACCGAGGCAUGACCCCCACGUUACUGAAGGUGUUGCCGGCGGGUGGCAUCAGCUACGUGGUGUACGAAGCCAUGAAGAAGACCCUGGGCGUAUAA